AUGGGACUUGAAGAGAUACAUGAGCUUCAGAGACAGAGGAAAUGGAUGCAGUUCUGCAGGCUGAUUAUGGAUUCAGUUGAUAAAAUUUCUACUGAAAUGCUUUUAGGUGUUUUUCUUGAAAGUGUAAACCUGAUCCAUCCAAGAACAUUGUGUGAGGUUUUUCUGGUGCUGGCUGCAAAGCUACCACCAAGAGAUGGAGUAGAUUUAUUGAACAAAGGACAAGAGACAAUAUCAAGCUGUGUUUUGUAUUCUGAAGAUUUUGAGGCAGAAAAGGCAAUGAUGGAGAUGAAGAAGUGUCUGCUUCUGAUUGGAAUGAAUGAGUUCAAGGGCAUAGAAACAAGAUUGUUUGAGUGGAGAAGAAUGAAGAUGACAAAGGACAUGCAAGCGAUGUACAAUUUUGUUGGAUUUAAGCUGUAUCAGGGAAUUGGUAAUAUUGAGGCGUCUUUUUCUCAUUUGCUUAAAUAUGUAAAGCUAACAAAUGCGAGUGGCCUGACGGAUACACUUGUGGAGUACGGGAUGCUAAGUAAGGAUUUUUUUAACUUCACUGCAAUAACAUCGUUGCCAUGCUUUAGCAAUAUCAAAAGUAAUGAUCUGAGGGAAAUGUUUGUGCUAUUUAGAGAAGGCAAUAUUGAUGAGCUUGAAAUGAUGAAUAAGAAACUUGUGGAAAAGUUUGGGACGAACUCUGAGCUGGUAAAAGAAAAGAUGUAUAUGAUAGCAUUGACGAAUCUUUGCUUUGCAGAGAGAGAAAAGAAGAUACCUAUAAGAAAGAUUGAAGAGGUGCUGAAGAUACCCAGGAAGGUAGCGAUUUACAUAAUUAUGAAAUCUCUUGGGCUGAAGCUGAUUUGCGGAUGGAUUAAUGGAGAGGAAGAUGCUCUUUAUUUUGAUAGUCUAGCGCCAAGGACAUUACAGCCCAAGGAAAUAAUGGAGAUCCAAGGGAAGUUGGGAAGAUGGAGAAGAAGGAUCCAUGAGGUUAUUUCAAUGCUGAAGUAA